CAAAACAUUGACAGCUUUUAUAGCACGUGCAGUGAAAUGGCAAACAAACCAGAAGGUUUGAAAAAUAAUGCAAGCGACGAAGCUGAGUUUCUCUUCGAUUCUAGCGACUCUUGUUCUCCCGAGGUAUCGUCUGAUGAAGGAUUACCACCUAUUCCAACCGCUAAACUUCCAAAACCCACAAAAGUAACAGCCAAACCGAAUUUGAAUUUGGUACCGUACGAUGAAAGCGAUAGUUCUAGUGACGAUGAGAGCAAUGACGAAAACGAAAUCACACAUUCUAAACUUGAUAAGCUUAUGUCAGAAGAACUUGACUCUGAUGGGCCUCCAACUACAGCAGGAGAAUUAACCUUAGCUGAUUUACCCGCCAUUGAAGAAUUACAGAUAACUGAAGCACCCGAAAAUAUGAAAGUUCUUGGAAAAAUUUCCUCCAUUGUAGAUGUUCUUGUUGUUGUAUGCGCUGAGAAAAACUCACCUGCUUUAGAUAUGGAGACCGUUCUCUUUUUAGAUAAAGACCGUCCUCUUGGUAGCAUAUUUGAAACUUUUGGGCCGGUAAUGCAACCAUUUUAUCUGAUACGAUUUAAUACAAAUGAAGAAGUUAUUGAAAAAAAUAUAAAAGUCAACGAUACUAUAUAUUACGCGCCUAAAGAUGAAUCUUUUACAAAAUAUGUCUUUGUCAAUGACUUAAUGAAACAGAAGGGGUCUGAUGCAUCUUGGAAAGAUAAUAAUGAACCACCUGUUGAAGCUCUUGAAUUCUCCGAUGAUGAACAAGAAGCAAAGGCAAAACAUGGACACAAAACGGAGUCAAAGUUGAAGAAAAAGACUAAAAAGCGAGAAGUAAAAAGAAAGGAAAAGCCAAUACCGAAAGAAGCUAGUCCAAAAAAACCCUGGUGGGAGAAUAUAGAGACUCCUAAAGAAGAUUCUGGUCCUUUACCAGCUUGCCCUCCCAUUCCUUCAACCUCUCAAACAAGUGAAACAGUUUCUCUACCAGUUAUAAUUGAUGAACGCUUUGUACAGCAGUAA